GUUACGACUUAGGAGCAGUAGUUUUUAUUUAGGGGGUGGGGAGUAGCCGAGUAGUGGUGGUAUUGGAGGGAAUGGGUGAGCGGUUAAUUUAAGUCUCUCAACUGGUGGUAGCUUGACGAAGAAGAGUGCGUAGGUUAAGCGAAUCUGCUUUGUUCUUGGUGGGCGUAGGCUAAGUCGUAGAUAGAGGGGGAGGAGGAGAAACCUGUAAUCGGACGGAAAUAAGGGGAAGGGAGAAAGAGUCGCCGUGGAUGAUCUAUGUCGAAAAUGAAGCAUCUGCUGAGGAAGCUCCAUAUUGGGGUUGGAUUCAACGAGCACCAGAGGUUGGGGGAGGCUAGGCCUUUGAUCGACAGUCCUGGUCCGAACGCGACCUCGACGUCGAUGACGGCUACGACGUCGUCUGCGUCUCCUGGUUCUGGUAAUUCGAUGGCAAUGGGGAGAGUCGGGGCGGGUGAAUCGGUAGGGGGCGAUCCGACGGCUGGAGCUGGCGUGGAUUUUGGUCUCUUGGAGGAGGAAUUUCAGAUGCAGUUGGCGCUGGCGAUCAGUGCGUCGGAGCCUGAAACGGCUCAGAUCGAUGCUGCUAAGCGGAUCAGCCUCGCCGGCAGCAGCAAUGAUGCCCUUGCUGAUUUCUUUUCGCUUCGCUAUUGGACAUAUAAUGUUGUAAAUUAUAAUGAAAAAAUUAUGGAUGGAUUUUAUGAUGUAUGUGGCAUUACCUCCAGUUUGGCUGCCCAAGGGAAGAUGCCAUCAUUGGUGGAUCUUCAAGCAGUAUCUGUGUUAGAUAAUGUUGACUAUGAAGUGAUUUUGGUGAACCGGAUGCUUGAUCCUGAACUGCAAGAGCUUGAGAAAACAGUGUAUAAUGAAUAUUUGCAGUACCAAGCUUUUGGACAUGGUGCAGCUUUAAGUGGCUUGAUCCAGAAAAUUGCUGAUAUAGUUGUAAAGAAAAUGGGUGGCCCAGUUAGUGAUGCUGACGAGAUGACAAAAAUUUGGACCUUGAGAAGUAUAGAGUUACAGAAUUCUCUUAAUACUAUCAUUCUUCCUCUUGGACGUCUUGAUGUUGGAAUUUCACGACACAGAGCCCUGCUUUUUAAGGUUCUGGCCGAUAGGAUUGACCUCCCUUGUAUGCUGGUCAAAGGGAGCUAUUACACUGGCACUGAUGAUGGUGCUGUGAAUUUAAUUAAAAUUGAUAAUGAAAGUGAGUAUAUUAUUGAUCUGAUGGGUGCUCCUGGCACACUAAUUCCGGCUGAGGUGCCGAGUUGUCAUCUACCAAAUUCAGGAUCAUUUGUAAGAUGCUUUGCGGAUCUUACUGGUCCAUCCCAAGAUUCUAGUUUGUUGCAUGGCAAAGGACCUGGAAAUACGGCAGUUUCACCUAUUCUAGACUGUGUACCUAAAGUUGAAACCCAGAGGUUAGGGGAAGUGCUAGUGGGAGGCAAUCAGACCAAUGAAGAUGGGAGGAACCUUUCAGGAAAAAGGUUUGCUGGAAGAUCUGAAAAUGAGUUGGGGAAGAUAGUAUCGGUACCUAAACCAGGUGAUGGUUCAUCUGGCAGUAAUGGAAAACCAUCAUCUGCACAAAAGAGGAAGGUUAAAAAUGUUUCCAAAUAUGUUAUUAGUGCAGCAAAGGACCCUGAAUUUGCACAGAAGUUACAUGCUGUUUUGUUAGAGAGUGGUGCAUCACCUCCCCCAGAUUUGUUCAUGGAUAUAAAUUCCCAGGAUUUGGGUGAAUCAAAUAUGAUUGAACAAGUCAAUCCUGCAAAAGGAAUUUCAAGCCAGUAUCCAUCUUUUGUAUCCUCUGGACUGGAGAUGUCAGAUGGUUUUGAUUGGAGUACCAAAGUAAAGCCAGUAAGUCAACAUCAAAGAGAGUUAAAAGCAACUGACACAGAAUCUAAUGUUUCUUUGCCCACUGAAAUCACAAGUGAUGGAUUUCUGCUCAUUGGUAAUGUAACUAAUGAACAAAUGCAGGCUGAGGCUGUGGGUAUUGAUGUUGAUCCUAAGAAUGCACCCUCAAAAAGACAGCCUGAAAAUGCAUGGGUAGUGGAAGAUAGACUGAUACAAAGGAUUUCUGAUAACACUGAUUUCAAUGAAGAAUCUGAAAUGGGAUUAAUAGUGACAUCCAAAAGUGACCUGCAUAUUGCUGGCGAUGGUAACAGUGAGAAGAUUAAUCCAAUGCCAAGGGAGGUUGCAGAAUGUGAAAUUCAAUGGGAGGAUCUUCAGAUCGGGGAACGUAUUGGUAUUGGAUCUUAUGGUGAGGUUUAUCGUGCAGAUUGGAAUGGCACUGAGGUUGCUGUGAAGAAGUUUCUAGAUCAAGACUUCUCUGGUGAUGCAUUGGUUCAGUUCAAAUGCGAGGUUGAAAUCAUGUUAAGGUUGAGGCAUCCGAAUGUUGUUCUUUUCAUGGGAGCUGUUACCCGCUCCCCACAUUUAUCUAUACUGAUAGAGUUUCUUCCCAGGGGGAGUUUAUAUAAACUACUUCACCGACCUAAUCCACAACUUGAUGAGCGGAGGCGAAUGCGAAUGGCUCUUGAUGUGGCAAAAGGGAUGAAUUACUUGCACACAAGCCAUCCUCCCAUUGUGCACCGGGAUCUGAAGUCUCCAAAUCUCCUUGUUGACAAGAACUGGGUUGUAAAGGUCUGUGAUUUUGGGUUGUCUCGCAUGAAGCACCACACUUUUCUGUCUUCUAAGUCUACUGCAGGAACGCCUGAAUGGAUGGCACCAGAAGUUUUGAGGAAUGAACCAGCCAAUGAGAAAUGUGAUGUGUACAGCUUUGGUGUGAUAUUAUGGGAGCUGGUUACUCUACGCAUCCCUUGGAAAGGAUUGAACCCAAUGCAGGUUGUUGGAGCUGUUGGAUUCCAGAACAGGCGGCUUGAAAUUCCAGAUAAUGUUGAUCCAGCAGUUGCACAAAUAAUACGUGAAUGUUGGCAAACGGAACCACAUCUACGGCCAUCCUUUGCACAACUCAUGUUUCAGCUGCGACAUCUUCAACAUAAAUUCCUUGAGAGAUCGAACUCUGCAAAUCAAAAUAUAGAGUGAUCAACCCUUGUGUUGCUGUAAUAAGUAUUCUUGAAGCUGCUUCUUGGCUCGAAGAGCCAGGGAAGGUAGGCGGAAGUUUUUCCAUUGAUAUGCAAAUCCAAGUUAGAAGAAAGGAGCGUGGGAAGUGUUGGCUCAUUCGAAGUGGGGGAUCAACACUACCCGUUCGGGAGUACAGUGGUUUCCUCCUAAUCAGGCAACUGCACAAGAGCAGUGGAGGAUACCAUUUGAAAUGUUGUUUUUAGUGUUACAAAUAGGUAGAAUCGAAAAGGAAGGAAAAACUAAGAGAAAAGGAAAGGAAAAAUAAUAAGACUCUUUUUCAUGUUCAAAUGUCUGCGGAGGUCCCUGUUUGGGUAAGACAAAAAUCCCAGCCCUGGAAUUGUAAACAUCUGAUCUCCGCAGCCCUUCUUGGAAACAAAAAGCAAAAGUACAAAGGACUUGCUUGCUAUCGUGUUUUUGUUUUGUAUUGUCAUUUUCAUUAUCGGAAUAAUUGAAAAUAAAAACA